GACACUACCAACAAACAAACCGUUCAAAUUAUUGAACGAAAUGGAAUAAAAUAUUGGGAAAAAUUAUAUAUGCUGGCCAGCCAAAGAGGAACGAGAAAAAGAGGUCUUUUUUGGGAGAGAAGAAAAAGAGGUCAAUUUGGCAAAAAUCUAGGAUCAGGGGCCAGUUACAAAUUAACAAACACAACGAGGGCCACUGGUGCAAAAGUUACGAACAGGCAAAACUUCAACAACUCUGCCAGAUGGUCGCUUCUCUUGCCGGCUGCUGCCGCUGCUUACUCCCCACUCUUCUUCGGCGGUUCCAACUCCGCCAUUUCCCCACUCCACCUCCACUCCAAUACUCCUACAUUUCCCACCAACUCCCUUACCGCCGGCCUUCCAUAUUGUUCGCCGCCAUGAGCUCCGAUCAAACCUCAAAUCUCGACGAUGCCUUCAAGCAGAAGCGCCUCCUCCGAUCCAAAGUCCGCAAGUCCCUCAAGUCAAUGGACCCUUCUCUCAGAUCCCAAGAAGAUGAAGCAAUUCAGAACAUUGUUAUGGAAGCCCCAUGGUUCAAGUCCAGUCGGAGAAUGUGUGCUUAUAUAAGCUGCAGUGCUCUGCGAGAAGUCGACACAUCCAAGCUUUUAGCUCACAUCCUCCAGACUCCCUCCUCUUCUGAUGGCAAUUCGAGUGUUGCGAAGAAGCUAUAUGUUCCCCGAGUAGAAGAUAAGAAUAGUAACAUGAGGAUGUUCCUGAUCUCAAGCAUGGAUGAUCUGAUUGCUAACUCGAUGGAUAUUUUGGAACCGGCUGCUGUUGAUCGUAAUGGAAACCCAAGGGAAGAUGUUAUGGAAUCAGAUGAGCCAGCUGACUUGUUCAUUUUACCUGGACUUGCAUUUGACAAAUCUGGAAGACGCUUAGGGCGUGGAGGAGGAUACUAUGAUACUUUCUUGAGGAAGUACCAGCUCCGUGCAAAGGAGAAGAACUGGACGCAACCCUUACUUGUUGCACUCACAUAUUCUGUGCAAAUCAUGGAGGAAGGAGCUAUAUCAAUGACCGAUCAAGAUAUACCGGUUGAUGCUCUUGUUUCUCCAUCUGGCGUCAUCCCUAUCACAUCUGCUGCCUUAGAAAGAAUGCAGAUAUAACAUUUGACUCUCGGGCACUGCACAUCAGGAGAAUUCAGCAUGGUUAUAUGGCACGUGGGUUAGAUAGAUGCUGCUCAUGAGAGUUACUUCUGUAGCAUGAUUUGGCUUUUGCCCCAUAUACAUAUAGUUUAACAGAAUCUUGAAGGACUGGCCUAGAUAAACAAAAACAUCUGGGCUACCCAAAGUGUAGUUCAAAGGGAUUUGCUUUCGGUCGCUUGAUUUAUGUUAUAUCUUUGAAGUCAGAUACUUUAGUUAAGAUUCACUUUUCUUCUCUAGCUUUUUCCCUCCAGAUUCUACGACUAGAAAGUCCAAUGAACCAAUCCAACACAACUGAAUUUGUCCAAUUCCGAUGUGUUUAACUCUGUAACUAAAUCCUAUUAGUGAAGCUCUCACAACGCUUAGUCCCUUCGAAUCUGCAACUUUGAAAGAAGUGAUCCCUGAGUUUCAAAGAUCCAUGAUAACAUAAGCAACAUCGACCACAAUCCCCUCCAGCUAAUAACCCUAGUGCAUGUGGAGAGGUGACCCAGUAGGCAAGAACUAUUAGCCAAGCCACAGAACCGUUCCUCAAAAUCCUCCUAUUUCUAAUCCUUCUACUUAAGGGGCAAAGAGAAGCGCUUUUACUACCGGUCAGCGCGAAGGAAAAAGACUUCGCCGAGCGUCAUUCUCAUAGUGAGGCGCUUCGACCCUCUUCGAUCGAACCAUCUCAAACCUCAAGUCCAAGGUCCAUCAAUCAGAAAGAAACUUUCCUGCUCUCCAGUGUCCUCCCUCCAUGAUCCACGCCCUGCUCCAUGUUUAAGAGAGCCGGAAGUUUUAGAUUCCGUAAGUAGUUAAGUAAACUAAAUAUUCAACUAUCACCAACAAUAGCGCAUCUAGUGUAGUGGUAUCAUAGUACCCUCCCACGGUACUGACCGGGGUUCGAUUCCCCGGAUGCGCAGUUGCCUCUGUUUUUUCAUUAUUUUAUUUUACAUUCCUACCAGCACAAGAGACGAAUUGUUCAUCCAUUGCUGAUGCAAACUCUGGUGCAACCACUUUCACCUCCUCUGACUUCUUCAUCCCUCGUGUCAUGACAAAACUUCAAAAUCUGGUUGCCCCUUUUUUGCUGCAGUGUAAAACCACGUGUAAAACCCUAACCAAUACCGGAAUAACUCAAGUGUAGAGAUAUGAAUCUUGAGUUGAAAUAAGCCCCGGGAUUAGGU